AGCAGGGCAAGGUACUGCUACUUAAGCAGGGAUAAAAGAAGAAACAGAGGAGAGGGGGAUAAAAGAAGGUUUGGAAAAAGAAAAAAAAAAUUAUCCGUAGAGAAAGAAACAGAGGCAAGGGUAACAGUGAGGCAGUGAGUGAGAAGAAGUGAAAUAAAGCAAAAAAAGAAGAUACUCUGAGAAAAAAAACAACAAAAUUAGAGGUGAAGUGUGGAAAAAGGGAGGGAGGAAAGGAAAGGAGAGUGGAGGACCAAAGAGGCAGAGAAAUAAAGACGUGUAGCAAGAAAGCAAAAGGGGGGGGAAGGAGAACGGAGAGCGGCACACUGUAGAAACGCGAGAAAGCGAGAAAACUGAGAGCGUGACAGACUGACAGACAGCUGGCCCGGGAACCACAGAAAGAUGCAUGCCGUCCUGUUGCUUGGCUUCUUUGUCCUCGCAGCGACAGAUUACUUCCUUGGCUCUGCCCAUAUGAUCCCCGAUGACAGACUCUCCACCAACAGGGUUGUUGUAUCUAAUGCCUUGUCCCAAAGCCUUGAGAUAGCCCCACCUCCUGUAGUUAUUGUAGAAUUGCCUAAAUCAGCAAAGAAGAACAAGAAAACGAAGAAACAAAAAAAGAACAAGUUCGUGAAGAAGCGUCCUCCUCCUCCUGCUAACUGCAUUUCCUUGGGGGAAAGUUGUAAAUCUCCAGGCAAUGUGUGCUGUGAUUUCUGUGGCUACUGUCAGUGUCGGCUCUUCAGGACUGUCUGUUACUGCCGAAUGGGCAACCCUCGCUGCUGAACAGCCAGCCGCAGCCCAACCCAGCUCCAAGCUAAUGGAACAAAACUUCAUGCUAAAGCAAACCACAAGUGAACACUGUGAGAGGUGAAUCACUUCUAGUCCUUGGUUUGUAACUUUGCCUAAAAUUCACUGCAUGAAAGCACUUUAUCACAAAAGGACUGCACCACAGUGAACUUUCUUAAAAUCGUACAGGGUGUACUGCUUAUAGCAUUUUACGUUGAGCUUUAGCAUGCAUAAGAUAUGUUUGCUCAAACAAUUUUAUAUAUUGCUUUAUUUUUUACACAGAAAUACAUGAACGUGCAGUAUCAUACUUUUAUUGCAAUGGGUCUAAUAUUUUAUGAAACCUUGUACAAAUAAAGUUGUUGUAAUAACA